AUGAUGCGAAAAUACAAGAACUGCGUGAUUUUCCUUGUCUACUCGAUCGGAAUGCUUUACACAUCGCUAGCAAUUGUGCACAACGUGACAGAUUUCAUGAAAUACCAUUCAUCCUUCAAAUCCGAUUUCGUGAGCAGUGGCCAUCACCGACCCGUGGUCACUGUUUGUUCGGAUAGUAUGCAUUCAAAAAUGCUGAAGAACAAGCUCUAUCCAAAUCUGACCGAUCUUGAGCUGCGGCAUUUUUAUGGGCACAAGUACGCCGGCCACGGUACUACACAGUACGCGUACCCGGAUUUGAAGCUCAAGGAGUUUUUCCGUUCCACAAUGCCGUUUCUCAAAGUUGUCUACUGCACAUACGGGAAUAUCAAAUGCAAGAACAACUGGAAACGAGUCGCUACGUUCGAGGGUGUGUGCUUGCAAUUGAAUAUGCACGAACUGGACGUUUCGGAAAAUGAAGGCGGUUUCGCUUCAGAAAUGACCGUCUCUUUCGCCUUCAACGUUUCCGACAACACUUACGGCUGGAACGGGAUGCAGAAAAAUCUCCGUCUGCGGAACACAGUUGCUCAGGAAAAACUCCAAGUGACGGAUCUGCAUUUGCUGCGCGACGAUAUUCCAUUAUCGAGCACGCUGAAGCCGAUCGUCAUGCUCAGCGUCGAGCAAAUCGUCUUCCUCGGCCACCCGUUCACCAACUGCAAGAAAAUGGAGAAAGGAGAUAGCUACUACUCGAAAAUGUGGUGCGAGGCAAAAGCAAAACUGGAAGACAUCAUUUACAAGUGCCGCUGCUUGCCAGACUACGUCGACGAGUUCAAGGCAUUCAACAUUAGCGCGCCAAACAUCACCAACUCGUGUACAUUCAAAGACCAUGCUGAAUGCAUAACGAACUUGUUCACCAGAGCCGAGUGGCACACAAGCUGCGAAGACGCAUGCGAAAGUACAAAGCAAAGAAAUGCUAAUAUCAGAUAUCAACAAGUUGAGCCGAUUCUGGACAUUAUCAUUCGAAAAAAGCUGCACUACUCAUCGGACAUAAUUUUGAAUCACGUGACUUUGAUGCUAGCGCCGCCGAUUUUCGAGCGAAAGAUCGAAGUUGCCGACUAUCCGAUUUCAGCGCUGAUGGCGGAUAUUGGCGGCGAUUUCGGUCUUUUCUUGGGACUCAGUACAAUCAAGCUGCUGAAAUUAAUCGGCUACUUUCUGAUGCAAGUGGAAAAGAAACUGUCAAAAGCCUUCACGCGUUGUUCUUCUUUCGGUUACAAGAUUUAA